AUGACUCUCUUGCAGUCCCUUUAUUUCAGUGACUUCGGCUACCGUAUCCUUGCAAUCGGAGAGGCAUUCAUCACCUAUGCAUUCCCAUUUCUUCUAACUAUUGUCAUGGAUAUUGCAGUACUGUAUCAAUUGGCUAAUUCGAGACAAUCUCCAAAAACGCCAAUCUCUUCUCUCAUUGUCUAUCAACUUGGAUUUAAUCUAGAAGUCACCAACAUGCAUGAUCUCAAAUCAGAUGACGUGGAACUCGGAUUGCAGAAGUUCAAAGCGAGCAACGAGAGGACGAUCCAUCGUUUCCACCGUCUUCUUCUCCAAAUUCUCUCCCAAAAAAGUCUGAAAAUCACUGAAGAAUUGGAUCUACAUGGCUCCAUUGUGUAG